GUAUUAAUAUUUGAUAAUCAUGCCAAGGACUGCUAAUUGGUUUUUACUGUUGGACAUUAUGUUAAAAUAAUAAAUGUGAUGCAUGUCUCUCAAGAGAGCAAGAAUCCAUAUUUAAAAUGGUACAAAGAGACUACACAUUAAUUGUAUUCAAUUCAUCACAAGAAUCCAAAUUGUCUUGUGCUUUCUCUGAUUAAUUAGCAGUUCAUCAGAAAUUAGUUAGUAAGUCACUUAUAUAAAGUUGAAGAGAAGGGAGUUUCUUCAAAAAUCCUAAAGCCAAAGUAUAAAAUGAAGGGCAUGAGGAAAUUAGUAACAUUAUUACGUGUUAUACUGUACUUAGGAUUGGUUUCUGGAGAAAUUAGUACUAAUGAUGAUGCAGGCAAAAGAGAGAAAAAGUGUGGAUUUCCAGCAAUAUAUAACUUUGGCGACUCGAAUUCGGACACAGGAGGAAGAUCAGCAGCUAUCCAUUAGGUGCCCCCUCCUAAUGGUCAGACUUUCUUUGGCAGACCCUUCGGGAGACUUUGCGAUGGUCGUCUUAUCAUAGACCUCAUAGCGGACAGGUUGGAGUUGCAGUACUUGGGUGCAUAUUUAGAUGCAAUCAGUGCAGAUUUUAGGAAUGGUGCAAAUUUUGCAACAUCAGGUUCAUCAAUACUCCCUGGUGGUUACAGUCCUUUUAAUCUUGAUGUUCAGAUUUCUCAGUUUUUGCAAUUCAAGAAACGAACUAUUUUGCUCAAUGAUUUACCAAUUUCAAAUAACUCAAAGUGGUCUUCCUCCAAAGUCAACAUUCCAAAUCUAGAAGAUUUCUCAAAGGCACUUUACACAUUUGACAUUGGACAAAAUGACCUUUCUUAUGGUUUUCAACAUACUCAUGAAGCACAAGUCAGAGCAUCCAUUCCACAAAUCUUAAACAACUUUACUCAAGCAAUUCAUCAACUUUACAAUGAAGGGGCUUUGAAUUUCUGGAUCCAUAAUACUGGUCCCAUUGGCUGUUUGCCAUUUAGUGUGAUAGAUUAUCCAUUGAAGCCUCAGGGCCGAGAUGCCAUUGGGUGCGUAGAGAACCACAAUACAGUCGCUCGUGAGUUCAACAAGCAACUCAAGGACAGGAUAUCACACCUGAGAGCAGAGCUCCCUCAUGCUGCAUUUACUUAUGUUGAUGUUUAUUCAGCUAAGUAUCAACUAAUUAGCUCUGCCAAGAAACAAGGUUUUGGAGACCCAUUGAAGUUCUGCUGUGGAUGGUACAACAAUGGUUAUGAAGUUGCAUGUGGGGGGACAGCUGUAGCGAAUGGCACAGAUUACGGGAAGGCAUGUAGUGAUCCCACAAAGUACAUUAGCUGGGAUGGGGCACACUACACAGAUGCUGCAAAUGUCUGGUUAGCCAAGGCCAUUCUUAAUGGCUCUUUCUCAGAUCCUCCAGUUCCCAUUGAACAAUCUUGCAGUCACUUAUCCACCAGUGUUUGACAACAUGUGCUUCGGACGUGUCCUGGAAUUUCCAAGAUUAUUACUGUGAUAUAUAUAUGUAGCUGCAUAUAUUAUAUUUGUUUACCACUGAGAAACCAUUAAGAACUUUUCAAUCUUAUAUAAUGUAUGGUCGCUUUAAUAUAUC